UUUCCCCUUUCCGCAAGAAAAUCGCCCCAUUAUUCCGAAACGAACGAACCCAUCACGUCUUCCGAAAGCGUUUUAAUAUCGCCCCUUGCCUAUUAUCGCGUUCGCUACAAGAACACCCUACUCCAGGAUCCGCCGGUAUGCGGUAACUAAAGCGAGGCCGGAACGUCCGGAAGCUCCGCCCCGGCAGGCCGACGCCGGUUGCCUUGUUACGCUGCCUCGGCUCUCAAACGGAGCGGCCGGGGGCUCGGUUUGCAUCGAUUGGCUCGGGGUGGGCAGGGCCCGUGGGUCUCUUCUCUAGGCGAGAGAAGAGCUCGGCAUGAAUAAGUCGGAGAUGGCGGACGAAGCUCUCUUCCUCUUGUUGCACAACGAAAUGGUGUCCGGGCUGUACCGCGCCUCCGAGCAAGGCGAUGGGGAAAAUGGACGUUGUAUUACAAAAUUGGAAAACAUGGGGUUUAGAGUAGGACAAGGAUUAAUAGAAAGGUUCACGAAAGAUACUGCCCGAUUCAAAGAUGAAUUAGAUAUAAUGAAGUUUAUUUGCAAAGAUUUUUGGACUACUGUAUUCAAAAAACAAAUUGAUAAUCUCAGGACCAAUCAUCAGGGUAUCUAUGUACUUCAAGAUAACAAAUUUCGUCUUUUGACUCAAAUGUCUGCAGGGAAGCAAUAUUUGGAACAUGCCCCUAAGUAUUUGGCAUUUACAUGUGGACUAAUUAGAGGCGCUUUAUCAAAUUUGGGAAUAAAGAGUAUUGUGACAGCUGAAGUUUCAACAAUGCCUGCAUGUAAAUUUCAGGUGAUGAUACAGAAGAUGAACUUUUACAAUCGUUUGCGAGGGAGAGGGCGACACACCUGGAUUGUAAGGCAAAGUCCCAUGAUGUGACAACUGCACCAUCAC